GUGAAUCAUGUCUGACAAGUAAAGAAUGAAGGCACAGCAGCCCAGACAGAUCCUGUUUCCUUGAGGCAGGGCUUGCUCCCUGCAUAAAAAGCCAGUUGGCUGGGAACACUAUUCCAGCAUUGAGGGGCCAUACGGACUAUUCCUCUCUGCACACCAGGACCAGCCACUGUUGAAGCAUGAGCUCCCAGCAGCAGAAGCAGCCCUGCGCCCCACCCCCUCAGCUCCAGCAGCAGCAGGUGAAACAGCCUUGCCAGCCUCCACCCCAGGAGCCAUGUAUCCCCAAAACCAAGGAGCCUUGCCACCCCAAAGUGCCUGAGCCCUGCCAGCCCAAGGUUCCAGAGCCCUGCCAGCCCAAGGUUCCAGAGCCCUGCCACCCCAAGCUGCCUGAGCCCUGCCCUUCAACAGUCACUCCAGCACCAGCUCAGCAGAAGACCACGCAGAAGUAAUGUGGUCCACAGCCAUGCCCUGGAGGAGCCGGCCACCAGAUGCUGAAUCCCCUAUCCCAUUCUGCUUACGAGUCCCAUUUGCCUUGCAAUUAGCAUUCUGUCUCCCCGAAAAAAGAAUGUGCUAUGAGGCUUUCUUUCCAGCACGCUCUGAGUCUCUGAAUGAAGCGGAAAUCUUACUACCAGAGCUAGUUUUCAGCUGCUCACAAUUCAUCUGAAGAGAGACUUAAGAUGAAAGCAAACGAUUCAGCUCCUUUAUACCCCCAUUAAAUUCACUUUCAGUUCCA